GGGUUUACUCUUUUAACCGUGGUUCCUCCCUGCCCUGACAAGCUAGCACAGAAGUGAACCCCAAUUGUCUCUCUCAUCAACUCCCCAAUUCCCGCCUUUAAAUUUCUCUCUUCUCCAUACCAAAAAGCUAGCCACAGUCGACAGAGAUUGAUUUUGAUUGAGAUAUCAAAUGGGUAAGAAGAAGAAGAAGAAGAUAUCCAAGAAAACCAGUGAUCAUAAGCAGAUUAUACCAGCAGCAAGUGGUUCGAAAACCCAACAAAAUCCGAAUCACAAGAAAAGGGUUAGUUGUCGGCCUCGGGUAGUCUUUGACGAAGAAAGGCCAACUAGCAGCGAAGGAAUGUUGCCGUCGCAAUUUUAUCUCAAAACCGUGCAUUCCGAAACGGAUCAGAGCGUUAGUUUGCCAAGCAGUGCCAGAAGUAGCGAAAAUGCGACGUAUGCUUCCAUCGGAGUAAUGUACCGCACUUUGGGGGUGGAGAAAGUUGUAUUUAUCCGUCAAAAGAGCAGGAGAAACAUCACUGAGGCCAUGCACAUCCUACAACGCACGCCGGCUUUCCGGGACCAACUGGAGUCAGAGGACUGUCAAUUGUACUUCUGGGCCAUUGAAGUGCUUGCGCAAAACCCGAUAAAGAUUGAUAUUUUCUGCGCGCUGCCGACCAAUUCGGAGAGGAUGGAGUGGCUAGCGACUGAGCACGAAGCCGAGAUCCUUCGGUGCAGAAUGUCCAAUGCCUCUCCGAGUCUUCGUGAUCCCCCUCCCUGUUUUCCUCCUCCCCCGUAUGAGUAGUCUAAUUCUAGGAUUUGAAAUCUGUGUGAUGGCCACUGUUUUCCCCCUAUCGCUUCUUCGGUUCUGUUAAACAGUUGGUGCUUGUUUGUUUUAAAGGCAGUUUGCUGCUACGUUGGCCGGUUUGAUUUUUGGAUUAACUGCUGCGUUCGGGAAGUGUUGAAUUUCGAUUGCUUGGGGGUUAAUGUUAUGGGUUCUUCGUUCAAUCUCGAAACGGUAAACUUCGGCUUACCUAUGUAUGUUUAACCAUUCUCAGUUUUUGUGUUUCCAGUUAAUUGCUCUGUUUAUAAUACGGAUAGUUAAUAACGUGCUAAUGUGAUAUAUUAUUCUUUUCGUA